GAAACCGCUAAGUAUACAGUAACUGGCGACCGCAGACUACUGUUGUUUCAAAUGGCGACAGUCGUUUAAUUCUCCACAUGUUAACUUAAUGAAUGGUGACGUUUUUUUUAAGUAUGGUCCACGACGAUUUACGAGUGGAGUGGAUCCGACACUGCGUAUCUGUCGGUUUCAAUUUCCCGGACGGAACCAAGUCUUUCGACGAGCUUCUCAAUCGGGAAGAUGGAGAAGAGAAAAUUAUCCGUUACUUGAACUUUGUCUCAGAGGAAGACUCGCCAUCUUGUCUUCUGUUUUUCAAAACUAUUAGAGAGAAAGAAAUUGAAGUUGAAAUUCCAGUCGACAGGGGGAAAGAUGGAGACUCUUCAGAUCCUGACAAGAAGUCCUGGACCCAAGGCAGUGCGGAGAUUAGCUCAGGCUCAGAUGAGGCAAAUGAACAAAGUCACACUCGCAGUUAUAGGACUGAGGUUCAAGUGGUUUAUCACAAUGAGAUUCACAUGGCAGUGAACGAAUACCCAGAGAGAUUUUUGAAAUCCCGUGUCUUCUACUUUAUCAGGAACACAAAGGAGACCAUUGUUGAACCACUGGACAUGAAUGAGGCCAGAGUCCUGAUGCCCAGGCUAUUUUCCAUUGGCAUGCAAAAUGGAGAUCCCCUUCUUGUGCUGCGGAACAAACUCACCCAAGUGUAUAUACCCUUGCUCACUGCCCACCAGAUGCAGAAAAUUGGUGUGGGUUAUCAAAGAAGGAAAGUUUCUCCUCAGGAGGAUACCAGUGGAGAGGGUGAAGAAGAGACUCCAGUGAAGUCAAGUGGACAAGUCACAAUUCGUGAUGAAUUGCUCAACAGAACGCACAAGUUUUUGGGAAUGCUCAACACAACUAUCCAACAACUUCAGAUUCAAGAUGAGAUUACACUGCACGUCCCUGAGCUAGACCUGGAGCCGGAGGUGGAUGUACUGCUCUCUAAUCCAGAGAUAGUAGAGAAGUUGGAGCAGUGUGUGAUGAACUGGGAGGCUCAGAUUACUAAUCUGGCUACUGGAGUAAAUUUUGGUGUGAUCCUGGAGACCAUCCCUCCCCUGAUGAGCAGCCUGCAAAUUGUGUGGAUGAUCUCUUGCCACUAUAACACAAACGAGCGCAUGGUCCCUCUAAUGGAGCGUAUUGCCUGGCAGCUGUGUGAACGUGUGGAUCAAGUAGUUGAUGUCCACAAGCUAUUCAAAGAUAAGAGGGAAGUGGCCAAAUCUAAGGUGCAUGAUGCUAAGCAGGUUCUCGACAAGUGGAAGUCAUCCUACUUUGAAAUGCGUGCUGAAAUUGAAGAAUCAGAUAGGGAUCCACGGUGGGAAUUUGACCGGAAGAGACUGUUUGAGAGGACUGAUUACAUGGCUUCCGUCUGCCAGGACCUGUACAAUGUCUUGCAGAUUUUGGAGGAGUUCUAUAACAUCUUUGGUCCAGAGCUAAAAGGUGUGACUGGUGACCCAAAACGAAUUGAUGAAGUGCUGUGCAGAGUGGAAAGCCUGGUUUUGCCUAUUGAGGAUGUCAACUUUAAUCCUUUCAACAUCUGUAAGAUGAGCAGCUGGAAAAUGAUCAUGCAAGACUUUGACACUACGGUGCAGGCUAUUGAAGGAGAGGCCAUCAACUUCAUUGAUCAAUCUUUUAAGACACUGCGCUCUUCAGCGGCUGCCUUUGACAUGCUCCUGAAAUUCAAACACAUCCGCUCCAGAGAGGCCAUCAACAAUCAUUUGAUGAGAAAGUUUAAUGACAUCCUGGCUCAGUAUUGCAAAGAGGUGGAAAGCAUAAAUGAAAUAUUUGAGGCAAAGAAGAACAAACCACCACUAAAUAAGAAUGAGCCUCCUGUGGCAGGAGCCAUUAGAUGGGUCCGAUCUCUUUUCCAUCGCAUCAAACACACCAUCCUUCCCUUCCUGCAAGAGCCAGAGAUGUUGGACGGAGAACAGAGCAAAGUGGCCAAGGACAAGUACGUGGAAAUGGCUGCGCAGAUUCGGGACUAUGAGGUGAAGAAGUAUAAGAACUGGAUGGCUGAGACAGAACACAACUUGCCAUUGCUAAUGAAAAAAACCCUGUUGGACAAGAUUACCAGUGAAAAACAAAUCCAGGCAGAACUGGAUGUCCCACCAACUGAAGGCAGUCAAAAGAGGGGCAUGCGAUACACUGUGAACUUUGCUCCAGAGAUCAAGGAAAUAAUUUCUGAGACCAACAGCCUUGUGUCACUGGGCUACUCUGUGCCGUAUCUGGCUCAAAAUAUUGCUCUACAAGAGCACAAAUUAAUCAGGUAUGUGGAUAAUCUGUACAACCUUGUCAACUGCUACCACUGUGUAAUGGACAGCCUUAGUGAGGCACAGUUCAUUAUGCUGGCUUAACAGAUCAAAGCGGUGGAAAAAGAGAUGCAAUUUGGAGUCAAAAGCUGGAAUUCCUUGGGUAUCGGAGACUUCAUCAGCCGGGGCAGGCAGGCUGUCUCUAAGUUUGAGUCAGUUGUCAGUCAAAUUCAGAAGAAUGAGCGAGAGAUCGAUUCCAAAUUGCAAUCCAUGGUGAUGGCAAACCUACUGAAAUUUCCAGUCCCAGAUAAAUCAGACAACUUACCUGGUAAAACUAAAAGAAGGAUAUUUUUUAUCAGAUGUAAUAAUUACAUUAUAAGAAUUCAUUUUCAUUGACUCUGUGAAUGUAUUGAGCGAGAGCGGACCAAGACUGUGAAUUUACUGAGUAGGAAGUAUGCCGACAUUGGACCCCUCAUUACUAAGAUAGAACAUUUGAUCAUGGAAACCAGCAGUGGCAAAGCCAAAUGUAUGGUUGAUUAUUACAUGUACUGGGAACGCAAGGUACUAGACUCCCUUGUGAAGAUGGUGCUGAGGAACGUUCAGGCCUUCAACGUGGCGCUGAUGGGAAAUACUGCUCUUUUCCAAAUUGAUGCCAUCCUCUCUGCCCCUAAGAUUGUGUUGCAGCCCCCAAGCAAUGAGAUCUACUGGCUCAUCAUGCAGUGUAUCAGAGACUGUAUGGAGAGCACCAAGCAAUUUGUGCGUUGGAUGCGUGGGACCUGCAUUGAGUGCCCCCCACAACGUGUGAGUGGUGAAGAGGAGCUAGUGACAUUUACCUUCUGCAGUGACGUGUGGCAGCAUCCUCAGAUACACGAGAGUGCCAGGACAGUGUACCAGAAUGUUCAGAGGCUCCUCCUGUCUGUGGAUCGGUACCUUGACCACUGGAGACGCUAUAGGCCCCUUUGGGAAAGGAACAAAACCAUCGCCAAUGAAAAGUUUGCUGCCAGAAAACCAUCCUGUGUCAUGUAUGAUGAUAAGCUGCAGUUCCUUUCUCAUAUCAAUCAGGAGGUGAUGCUGGAGUCUUUGUUUAAGAAUGAGCACAGCAUCCGUUUAAACCUGGAGCCUCUGGCUUACACAGUGCGGGAGAUCGCUGAGUCCUGGAUCAGUUCACUAGGUAGCCUGCUCAACAAGCCUACCAAGGAGGAUCUCUUCAACUUGAGAGAUGAACUCAAGCAACUCUCUACGAAGCUGAAACAGAGCCCUGACACUUUUGAAGAGCUAAAGUCUGUCCUUAGCACGAUCUCAGACAUCAGGGAUAUGUCUCUAGAUGUGGAGAUGAGAUUCAUUGAUAUCCAGGAAAGAUACAGAACACUGGCCAUGUACAAAAUAAAGGUUGGGGAGGAUGAACUGGAGCUGGUGACCAAUAUCGGCCAGAUGUGGAGUGACCUAUUUACAGAAUCCAGAAAAGUGGGUCGAAGUCUGACAGAUGUCAAGAAAUCAUUUACUGAGAUUACAAAGGAGAAGACUGAAGAGUUUAAGAAGGAGUUGUCUAUCUUUGCUGAAAGCUUUAACAUGCAUGGCCCUGGAACUGUGGGAGAUGAUUUGGAGAAAGGACUGACCAUUAUGGAAACAUGUGAGGCGGACCUUGCCAGGGUAGUGGCAGGACGACAGGAGCUAGCUAAUGCUGAGAAACUGUUGGACUUACCAGUCACCGUGUACCCAGAGGUUAUCAGCAUUCAGAAUGACAUGAAGGGCUUGAGACAGAUAUAUGGUAUCUAUAAAGCUCAGAAGGAUGCAAAGACAGAGUGGUCUCAGACCUUGUGGGUGGAUUUAAACAUCCAGCUACUGCAGGAGGGUGUUGAGGGUUUCAUAAAAAGCUUGAGGCAGCUGCCCAAAGAUGUGCGGGCGUUACCAGUGGCCUUCUUUCUAGAAGGACGCAUGAAGGAGUUCAGAGAGUCCCUGCCUCUUCUGCUGGACCUGAAGAAUGAGGCCCUCAGAGACAGACACUGGAAGGAACUGAUGGAAAGGACUGGCACUAGCUUUGAGACGAACCUUGACAGCUUCACUCUGUUUGCUAUGGAGUUGCACAAAUAUGCAAAUGUCAUAGGUGACAUUGUCACUUCUGCUGUAAAAGAGCUCAGCAUUGAGAAGGGAGUGAAGGAGGUGGUGGACACCUGGGAAAACAUGAAUUUCCUUGUGCUGCCCUAUUUUAAAGGCACCCAGGAACGUGGUUCUAUUCUGGGUGCAGUGGACGAGAUCCUGCUGAAUGUGGACAACGAUGCCAUGAACUUACAGAGCAUGGCGGGCAGCCGUUUCGUUGGACCUUUCCUUGGCACCAUACAGCAAUGGGAAAGAGACCUGUCCCUUAUCAGUGAGACCAUAGAGGUAUGGUUGCUGGUACAACGGAAAUGGAUGUACCUGGAGAGCAUAUUCAUUGGUGGCGACAUUCGCUCACAGUUACCUGAGGAAGCCAAGAAAUUUGAUAACAUUAACAAAAGGUUUAAAGAAAUAAUGAGUGGCACAGUGAAGGCUCCAAACAUUAAGAGGUGUUGCCUGGUUCCAAACCGGCUAACAGACCUGCAGGCCCUGAGUGAUGGCCUAGAGAGGUGCCAGAAGAGUCUUAAUGACUACCUGGACUCCAAGCGGAACGUGUUUCCUCGCUUCUUCUUCAUCUCUGAUGAUGAACUGCUCAGCAUUCUGGGGAGUAGUGACCCUGCUUGUGUCCAGGAGCACAUGAUCAAGAUGUAUGACAACAUAGCAUCUCUGAGGUUUGAUGUGAAAAGCAACGGGGAGACGGUAGCUGGAGCCAUGGUGUCUGCUGAGGGUGAGGUGAUGGAGCUGAAGAAGCCCAUCCCAGUGGAGGGCAGGGUGGAGGAGUGGAUGACAGCAGUACUACUGGAGAUGAGGAGGACUAAUAGACUCAUCACAAAGGAAGCAAUCUUCCGCUACUGUGAAGACAGGGGCAGGGUGGAUUGGAUGCUGCAGUACCAGGGCAUGGUGGUGCUUGCUGCAAAUCAAGUGUGGUGGACCUGGGAGGUAGAGGAUGUCUUCAAAAAUGUGGCGAAAGGAGAGAAGUGCGCACUGAAGAACUACGCUAAGAGAAUGCACCAGCAGAUUGACGAGCUGGUCACACGCAUUACACAACCUAUGAAGAAAAAUGACAGGCGAAAGAUAAACACCGUGCUUAUCAUUGAUGUCCAUGCUAGGGAUAUUGUAGACAGUUUUGUACUUAACAGUAUAAUGGACGCACAAGAGUUUGAGUGGGAAAGCCAACUAAGAUUCUACUGGAUCAAGAAACAUGACAACCUAUUUGUGCGUCAGUGCAGUGCGUCAUUCUCUUACGGCUAUGAAUACAUGGGGUUGAAUGGUCGAUUGGUUAUAACCCCACUGACAGACCGGAUCUACCUCACACUCACACAGGCCCUCUCCAUGUACCUGGGUGGAGCUCCUGCUGGACCGGCUGGUACAGGAAAGACGGAGUCCACUAAAGAUCUGGCCAAGGCUUUAGGCCUGCUCUGUGUGGUUACAAACUGUGGUGAGGGCAUGGACUACAUGACUGUGGGCAAGAUCUUCUCUGGCCUUGCCCAGUGUGGAGCUUGGGGCUGCUUUGAUGAGUUCAAUCGUAUCGAUGCCUCAGUGUUGUCAGUUAUCUCCUCCCAAAUCCAGACUAUCCGCAAUGCUCUCAUUCUUCACCUUAAAAGGUUUUAUUUUGAAGGGCAAGAGAUCAGCCUGGACGACCGCAUGGGGAUUUUUAUCACCAUGAACCCAGGUUAUGCAGGACGCACAGAGCUGCCAGAAUCGGUCAAAGCCCUCUUCAGGCCCGUGGUGGUCAUUGUGCCUGACCUGCAGCAGAUCUGUGAGAUCAUGCUCUUCUCUGAGGGCUUCCUAAUGGCCAAGGUGCUGGCAAAGAAGAUGACAGUGCUGUAUAAGCUGGCUCGUGAGCAGCUGUCCAAGCAGUCUCAUUAUGACUUUGGGUUGCGAGCUCUGAAGUCUGUCCUAGUUAUGGCAGGAGAGCUAAAGAGAGGCUCACCAGACCUCAGCGAGGAUGUGGUGUUGAUGCGCGCUCUCAGGGACAUGAACCUGCCAAAGUUUGUGUUUGAGGACGUGCCUCUGUUCCUCGGGCUGAUCUCAGACCUGUUCCCUGGGCUGGACUGCCCUCGUGUCCGCUAUCCCAACUUCAAUGAUGCUGUGGAACAAACCCUGCGGGAGAACAGCUGUGUCAUACUGUCUAACCAGGUGGAUAAAGUGGUGCAGAUGUAUGAGACGAUGAUGACCAGACACACUACUAUGGUGGUGGGCCCAACAGGUGGAGGGAAAUCGGUUGUAAUCAACACAUUAUGUCAAGCUCAGACCAAUCCUGGCUCUGACCCAGGCAGUGAUCUCAAGAAACUAGCAGAAAGGUCAGGCUUUGGAGGCAAGUUGAAGUUCCUCGCUAUGGGCCAAGGCCAAGAAAAGGUGGCACUGCAGUUGCUGGAGAGGGCUGUGUCCCGUGGUCAGUGGUUGAUGCUACAGAACUGCCACCUGCUGGUAAAGUGGCUACAGGAACUGGAGAAGUCCUUAGAGAGGAUCACCAAGCCCAACCCCAACUUCCGUUUGUGGAUCACCACUAACCCCAUUAAGGAUUUCCCCAUUGGUAUCCUGCAAAAGUCUCUAAAGGUAGUGACGGAGCCUCCCAACGGCCUCAAGUUGAACAUGAGAGCCACCUACUCUAAAAUAUCAAAUGAGGCCUUGACUGCAUGCCCACACCCUGCCUUCCGCAGCCUUGUGUAUGUGCUGGCCUUCUUCCAUGCUGUGGUGCAAGAGAGGCGCAAGUAUGGCAAGAUUGGCUGGAAUGUCCUCUACGACUUCAACGAGUCUGACUUCUUCGUGUGUAUGGAGAUUCUGAACACCUACCUGACCAAAGCUCACAACCAAGGAGACAGCAAUCUUCCCUGGGGAAGUCUUAAAUACCUUAUUGGGGAGGUUGAAAGACGAAGGAAGUGA